UAAUACUAAUACCGAGACAACCACUGAUCUACCUAGGUGUUUUAUCUCGGUAUUAGUAUUAUCUCUGUAUUACCCACAUUAUAACACCUAGGUAGAGCAGAGAGGACAGAGCAUGUGGCUUUGCAACACACAGGUGUUUCAUCUCCACACUGGGAUGAUUUUAACAGUGCAACGCCACAUAGGCCUCAUGCCUCUCAGGUAGGAGGGUACCAGAAAUAAAUGAAUAAAAAACACAAAACUAAUAAAGGAACACACAGUUACCAACAAUAUAUCCUUGGCGUCAAUAGUUUCAACUGGCUCAGCUCGCUGUUACAGUACAGCACCACCAAGUUCCAUUUAUUAAGUAACCAUCUGUCUUAUGUAACCAGAAUAACUUACCUAUCACACUAUUUUGAGAGUCCCAGAUUUAUAUUUACUAUGUUACAUCUAGUCUAUGAGACGAGGCUGCACCUUAACCUACAUUAUAAACACGCAGAUCAAGAGGUGUGUUUUCCCUUCAGCAUCUGCAUGUGGCAUAAGCUCACCCACCUCACAGCACGAAUCUAAAAUAGUUAACUUUGGCUGUGAGUGAUGGGAAAAAAUCAGACUCUAAGGCAAUUACUUGAAUAAUUCAAAGGAUGUUUUAUUUACAAACGUGAUAACUAAAUUGUCUUUUUUUUUCUUUUUUUUUUCUUCGCUAUGGGGCCUUCAAUGGGAAUUUGGCCGUGCUUCACCUGAACUGCAGUACCGAAAAUGCCCCCUGAGCACAGUGGAAAGCAUGCUUAUAGACUGCAAGCCUGGCCCCUUGAUCCGAGAAGUGUGUAAUUGCAGGGGCGUUCUCUGAUAUCGGGUAUUUCAUGAUAUCAAGUUUACACCAAUUGAUGCUCCCCAUUGGUCCGUGGCCGUUUCUUUUGCGUUGGGAAAACACUUGUUGACAAUUGUAGCUAAACCUUAAUCUCAGUCUCCUAACCGCCACGUUAGUUAUCCAAACCUGCAUGGUAAACAAAUCCUCACCCUUUUCCUAACCUUAUCCUCAGUCUCCUAACCUGCCAUGCUAAUUCACCUAACUGACACUUUAAUUAUCUUAACCUGUUAUGUAUGCUAUGUGCCUAGUUAAAUAAAUACUUUAAAUGUUUUUUUUACAAAUAUUCUCCAUCAGUUUCAUAACACCGGAACUGACCAAUGGCAUUUAUACAUGUUUCUUAUAUCAGGGAACAUCCUUAUCAAGAAACUGUACAGUAGUUCUCCUACUGGGAGGCGCGGGAAAUAGUUGAAAGAGUGAUUGGUGCUGAGGAAGCUAUGGCAGUGGAUGCCCCGCAGCCUGUUGAGAUUCAUAACGUCGUUCACCAGUUGAAGGAUACCGAUUGUAAAGAUGAAUUGUACGUGCGGCUGAAAGGUUUUUGGGAGUUCAGGAAUUUACAUUGGAAGCAUUGCAGGCAGUGGUGGAAAAAGUACCCAAUUGUCAUACUUGAGUAAAAGUAAAGAUACUUGAGUCCUUUCCUAUCAAGGUAAAAGUGAAAGCCACCCAGUAAAAUACUACUUGAGUAAAAGUCUAAAAGUAUUUGGUUUAACAUAUACAUAAGUAUCAAAAGUAAAUGUAAUUGCUAAAAUAUACUUAUGUAUCAAAAGUAAAAGUAUAAAUAAUGUAAUAAAUAACGCUCCGAGAGCGAUACGAACUGACAAUCUGACAACGCUCUGAAUUUACGAACGCCCAAGGCCACUCUGGCACUCCAGAUUGAAUUUAAGAUCACACCCAUCAUUUACAAAAAGAGCAUUUGUGUUUAGUGAGUCCGCCAGAUCAGAUGCAGUAGGGAUGUGUGAAUUUAACAAUUUUCCUGUCCUGCUAAUCAUUCAAAAUGUAACGAGUACUUUUGGGUGUCACGGAAAAGGUAUGGAGUAGAAAGUACAUUAUUUUCUUUGGGAAUGUAGUGGAGUAAAAGUAGAAGUUGUCAAAAAUAUCAAAAGUAAAGUACAGAUACCACAACAAACUACUUACGUAGUACUUAAAAUAUUUGUACUUAAGUACUUUACACCACUGAUUGCAGGGAAUACUGACUGAAGAUGUUCCUCCCUACGAGGCCCAUGAGACUGUGUAGGGAUGUGAUUUGAAUUGGACUGUGACUGAAGAUGUUCCUCCCUACGAGGCCCAUGAGACUGUGUAGGGAUGUGAAUUGAAUAGGACUGUGACUGAAGAUGUUCCUCCCUACGAGGCCCAUGAGACUGUGUAGGGAUGUGAUUUGAAUAGGACUGUGACUGAAGGAGUGGGAUGUUUUUAUUUAUCUAUUUUUGAAUGUUGUUUUGAUGUCGUUGUUCCCCCUCCCCUUAUCCUUAAUUGGACGUGUAUCUUUUUCUACAGUUUACUAACCGUACAGUAGGUGGCGGCAGACACGUUAUAUUUGUGUAAAUGUCAGUGUACCAGAGAAGAAGAUGACGCUGUUGCAAUGUCGUAUUGUGGAACAGGAAGUUCCGGGUAGAAAAAGACAGAACUGUGUUAUGUCGAUAGUGGUUGUGUCCGUUUCAACUGUAUUAUUGUAGGCCGACUCAGAUUAAGUCUGAGGCCGGUAACAUCAACAGUGAGGACAAACCCAGCCUGCCUCUCUCCUUCCACACUGAGUAGAAACCUACAGUCACUGGGUCCUGAUUGUGACAGUGGAGCCCAGUUUGCACCGCAGGAUCCAGAGAUGGCAUCAGUGAAGCUGGAGGACUGCAGUCAAACACUGGAGCUGAAUGUCAACAUUAAAGUUGAAGAAGAGGACGAGAAGAUUAGGACAACUGUUAGUCAUGGUUACCAUGUUGAGCCAUUCUCUACAUCCAGAGAGCAACCUCGGGAAGAUCAGAGAGAUAAGAGGUCUCAUCACUGCCCACAUUGUGAAGAGAUUUUCCCAUUUCUAUCAAAGCUAAAAAUACAUCUAAAAAUACACACAGGAGAGAAGCCGUACUCCUGCUCUGACUGUGGAAAAUGCUUCAAAACAUCAACUAGUCUAAAAGUUCAUCAGAAGACUCACACAGGAGAGAAGCCUUAUUAUUGCUCUGACUGUGGAAAACGUUUUAAAACAUCAACUCAGCUAAAAGUUCAUCAGAAGACUCACACAGGAGAGAAGCCGUAUUACUGCUCUGACUGUGGAACUAGUUUCUCUAAUCUGGGCACCUUAAAAACACACCAACGUAUACACACAGGAGAGAAGCCCUACUCCUGCUCUGACUGUGGGGCGAGUUUCUCUAAUCUGGGCACCUUAAAAACACACCAACGUAUACACACAGGAGAUAAGCCUUACGUCUGCUCUGACUGUGGAAAAUGCUUCAAAACAUCAACUGAGCUAAAAGUUCAUCGGAGAACACACACAGGAGAGAAGCCGUAUUACUGCUCUGACUGUGGAACUAGUUUCUCUCAACUUUCCCACUUAAAUUCACAUGAACGUAUACAUACAGGAGAGAAGCCUUACUCCUGCUCUGACUGUGUCAAAUAUUUCAAAACAUCAAAUGAGCUAAAAGUUCAUCAGAGAACACACACAGGAGAGAAGCCUUACGUCUGCUCUGACUGUGGAAAAUGCUUCAAAACAUCAACUGAGCUAAAAGUUCAUCGGAGAACACACACAGGAGAGAAGCCGUAUUACUGCUCUGACUGUGGAACUAGUUUCUCUCAACUUUCCCACUUAAAUUCACAUGAACUUAUACAUACAGGAGAAAAGCCUUACUCCUGCUCUGACUGUGUCAAAUAUUUCAAAACAUCAAAUGAGCUAAAAGUUCAUCAGAGAACACACACAGGAGAGAAGCCUUUCUUCUGCCCUGACUGUGGAACUAGUUUCUCUCAACUUUCAAAUUUAAAUUCACAUGAACGUAUACAUACAGGAGAGAAGCCUUACUCCUGCUCUGACUGUGUAAAAUAUUUCAAAACAUCAUCUGAGCUAAAAGUUCAUCAGAGAACACACACAGGAGAGAAGCCUUACGUUUGCUCUGACUGUGUAAUUUGCUUCAAAACAUCAACUGAGUUAAAAGUUCAUCAGAGAACACACACAGGAGAGAAGCCUUAUUCCUGCUCAUACUGUGGAAAAUGUUUAAAAACAUCAAAUGAGCUAAAAGUUCAUCAGAGAACACACACAGGAGAGAAGCCUUAUUCCUGCUCAUACUGUGGAAAAUGUUUAAAAACAUCAAAUGAGCUAAAGGUUCAUCAGAGAACACACACAGGAGAGAAGCCUUACGUCUGCUCUGACUGUGGAAAAUGCUUCACAACAUCAACUCAUCUAAAAGUUCAUCAGAGAACACAUACAGGAGAGAGGCCUUAUUACUGUUCUGACUGUGGAAAAUGUUUUAAAACAUCAAAUGAGCUUAAAGUUCAUCAGAGAACACACACAGGAGAGAAGCCUUUCUUCUGCCCUGACUGUGUAAAAUGUUUUAAAACAUCAACUCAUCUAAAAGUUCAUCAGAGAACACACACAGGAGAGAGGCCUUACUCCUGCUCUGACUGUGUAAAAUAUUUCAAAACAUCAACUGAUCUAAAAGUUCAUCAGAGAACACAUACAGGAGAAAAGCCUUACUCCUGUUCUGACUGUGGGGUAAGUUUCUCUCGACUGGAUACCUUAAAAAGACAUCAACAUAUACAUGAAGGAGAGAAGCCAUACUCCUGCUCGGCCUGUGUAAAAUACUUCAAAACAGCAACUGAGCUAAAAGUUCAUCAGAGAACACACACAUGAGAGAAGCCUGCUUACGUCUUCUCUGACAUUUGGGUGAGUUUCUCUCACCAUAGCAACUUAACACACCAAUGUAUACACACAGGGGAGAAACCUUACUCCUGCUCUGUGGAAGGGUGACUCUAACGUCUAGCCAAAGGCUGCAUGUUUGAAUCUCAUCAAGGAGGACUUUAGCAUUUUAGCUAAUUAGCAACUUUGCAACGACUUAAUACUUUUUUGCUAUGUUAGCAUGUUAGCUUAGCAUGCAACUACUUAGCAUGUUAGCUAACCUUUACCCUAAACCCAUUUAAGUCUACCUUAAACCCCUCACCCCUAACCUAGCUAACGUUAGCAACAACAAAUUGGAAUUCGUAACAUAUCAUACAUAUUACAAGUUCGUAACAUAUUGUAUGAAUAGCAAUGCGUAAAAUAACAUACGAAUUGUAAUUCUUAACAUACGAUACGUCCUACAAGUCGUAUUAUAGUGAACAACAAUCUAAACGCCACAAUUUCAAAGAUUUACAGUUUGUAUAAGGAUAUCAAUCAAUUGAAAUUACUGAGGCCCUAAUCUAUGGAUUUCACAUGACUGGGCAGGGGCUCAGCCAUGGGUGGGACUUGGGAGGGCAUAGGCCCACUUGGGAGCCAGGCCCAGCCAAUGAGCAUGGGUUUUUCUCCACAAAAGGUCUUUAAUACAGACAGAAAUACUACUCAGCCCCCCCCCCCCCCCCCCCCCCCCCCCCCCUCCCAGACAAUCCUGCAGGUGAGGAGGUCCUGGGCUGCCGUAGUUACAUGUGAUCUGCAGUUGUGAGGCCGGUUGGAUGUACUGCCAAAUUUUCUAAAAGGACGUUAGAGGUGACUUAUGGUAAAGAUGAAGUUCUCUGGCAACAGCUCAUUCCUGCAGUCAAUGACAAUUGCACAUUCCCUAACCUUGAGACAUCUGUGACAUUGUGUGGCCUUUUAUUGUUCCCAGAACAAGGUGCACUUGUGUAAUGAUCAUGCUGUUUUAUCAGCUUCUUGAUAUGCCACACCUGUCAGGUGGAUGGAUUAUCUUGACAAAAGCUGAAAUGCUCACUAACAGGGAUAUUAACAAAGUUGUGUACAACAUUUGAGAGAAAUAACCUUUUUGUACAGAUGGAUCAUUUCUGGAAUUUUUUACUUCAGCUUAUGAAACCAACACUUUACAUGUAUCGUUUAUAUUUUAGUUCAGCUUAUAUUGGUAAUGUAAUGUAACAUACUAAAUGGAAUAGCACGGAUAUUUUUGUACCAUAUAAUACAUUUUGCUCUGAGACCAGGUUGUCCUUCUGCAGUAUUCUGUGGGAAUGAGCUAGUAGACACUUUUUUUCAACCUUUAUUGAACUAGGCAAGUCAGUUAAGAACAAAUUCUUAUUUAUAAUGAUGGCCUAGGAACAGUGGAUUAACUGCCUUGUUCAGAGGCUGAAUGACAGAUUUUUUACCUUGUCAACUCGGGGAUUCGAUCUAGCAACCUUUUGGUUACUGG